GUGUCUGGGCGCAGAGACUGUUUCAGCUCGGUGAAACGGGAAGUCUUUUAUCUGUUCUAGUCUUGCAUGCUAUGGAUAUGCUUGGAACCUUGCUAUCUGUAAUUUUUUUAGUCACGUUUAUUUGGGAUUUACCCUUUGUCCAGCCAUCAACAGUUGCCAUAUCUCCAGAGUUAGAUUCCAGCAAAGGGGUUAAGAUCCGAAAAGACGGGAGGAUCCCUAAGUCCUUCAAAGAGGGAUCUAGCAGCCGCCGGCAACAACAUUCUCAAGCAGGCAGACAGCGGGUUGUUCCUCAUGAGUAUAUGCUGUCUGUUUACAGGACCUACUCGACUGCUGAGAAACUUGGCAUCAAUGCGAGUUUUUUUCAGUCCUCCAAGUCUGCCAACACUAUAACAGGUUUUGUGGACAGGGGGCAAGAUGAUAUUUCUCAAUUUCCUGUAAAGAAACAAAAGUACAUAUUUGACAUAUCCACCCUCUCAGACAAAGAUGAAUUGGUGGGAGCUGAACUGAGAAUACUUCGAAAAUACUCAAGAGAUUUUUUCAAAGCAGCAUCAGAGUUGAUGUCCUUCCACCUCCAGAUUGUUCCCUGUCAUUCAAACAUACCACUGAGGUCAAGAACAUUAGAACUAUAUAAUUCUCAACAGCCUGUAUGGGAGGUAUUUGAUGUUUGGGAGAUUCUUAAGGACCUCUAUCAGAGGAAACCCUGGACUCAGAUCUGCUUGGAGCUUAAGAGUGUUGGGAGAUCAGAAAGAUUUCAAGAUCUUUGGAGUCUGGGUUUUCAACGGACAGGACGACAAGAAAAGGAGAAGGCCCUUUUGGUUACUUUUUCUAAAUCUAGGAAGAGGGAAAACCUCUUCACUGAGAUGAAGGAACAAAGCAAGUCUCCACAGAACAAAGAAAGAGAAGAUAGACUGCAUUUCAAGACCAAGAGAAAGAGAAGAACCACAUUUAAUAAUCGGCAUGGAAAGAGACAUGGCAAGAAGUCCAGAUUAAGAUGCAGCAAAAAGCCUCUACAUGUAAAUUUCAAGGAACUGGGCUGGGAUGACUGGAUUAUAGCCCCACUGGAAUAUGAAGCUUAUCAUUGUGAGGGAGUGUGUGACUUUCCUCUCAGGUCCCACUUAGAACCCACUAACCAUGCCAUCAUUCAGACGCUUAUGAACUCUAUGGACCCCAGCUCUACUCCACCAAGCUGUUGUGUGCCAUCAAAACUGACUCCAAUCAGCAUUCUUUACAUUGAUGCUGGCAAUAAUGUUGUAUAUAAGCAAUAUGAAGAUAUGGUGGUCGAAUCUUGUGGGUGCAGGUAGCAAAGUUUCUACCACAAAAUAGUAGGUACCUGGAACUGUACGUAAGUUCAAGGACAGGACAGGGCUGGUCAUGUCUGAGGUGACUUCUGCCAAACUUCUG